AUGUCUCGUACCAUCAAACUCAAUCGCAAACCUCUUCCAUCUCCAGUCUCUGAAUCCCUCACAUCUUCCUCGCCUCCAAAAAUCCAACCUUGUAACCCAAUCCAUCGUUCCUCCAAGAGCUGCCCCAUCUGCAAAGCCACGCUCGUCAACCACAACGGCAGUCUAGCGCGUCACAUCAAGCGCCAUGCAAAACUCGCCAAAAUCGAGGCUGUAAACAUCGAGAUCGAUCUUCCCCGAAUGGACGCUCCUGACUUCGACGUCACACUCGCUCAGAAAAUGUGGCAGUCAGUUCCUGCGAGGCGUCGCGCAACUGGCGGUGUGUUUCUCGACGGACCGCUGGCCGGAGAGGGUUUCACUGAGGGGAUGCCAGCUGUAUUCCUCCCGAAUGGACGAGUCAAGCCGAAGUGGGCGUGGAUUAAGAAGGAUCUUGAUGCGAGGGUUGGACGUGGACCGCUGAGGGCUCUGAAGAACGCGAAUGCCAACGCUGGAUCCCUCCUUGACAAUGAGGAUUACAUUAGAAUCUGA